GGGAAAGUAAUAUAUAAACUGAAAUUUUAAAAUCACUUAUAAAUGAAGGUAUUUCAGUUUACACAAUCAUUUAAUAUUUAUAUGAUUUAGGGUCUGAAUAUAUGUAAAAUAAAUAGAUGUAUAAAGACAUAAGAAACAUUGUGGAGACUUAACCUUUAAAUGAUUAAUAAAAAAUUAUUUAAUAAUAGGAACCUCAAGUUGGUGUCAAAUAUUCACAAUUUUCGUAGACUUUUGAUUAUUGAGAU